AUGGGCUGCGCCCCGAGCGCGCCGCAGGAGCGCGCUCCCGCGAAGAAGGCGCGCGCCGCCGGGCGCUACGUCUACGGCGGCGCCGUCGACGCCGCCGCGGCGCUGCCGCCGCCGCCGCCCGGCGGGCCGACGCCGGCGCAGCAGCGCGCCAUCGCGGAGGCGCUCGCCAAGGGCACGCGCCUCUUCGCGCGGGCGCCGCCGGAGGCGGCCGCGGCGGCGGCCGCGCGCGCGACGGCCGCGGGCGCGCCGCGCCCGCACCGGGCGGGCGACGUCGGCGAGGCGGCGUUCGUCGUCGGCGACGCGGGAAAUGUAAUAGGCGGCGAGGCGCUGCUGGGCCCCGCGCCCCGCGCCGCGGACGGCGCGGCGCCGCCCGGCGGCGCCGCGUGGCGGGUCGACGCGGCGGCGGCGCGGCGGUGCGUCGCCGCGGCCGCGGCCGCGCGGCACCGCCGCGCGGCGGCGGCGCUCGCGCGCGUCGGGCUGCUCGAGGGCCUGACGGAGGCGCAGUUGGAUGUGGCUGCCCUCGCCGCCGAGGAGACCAAUGUCCAGGCCGGCGAGGAGAUUGUGAAGAAGGGCGCGACGGGCGCGACGAUGUUUUGUAUUCUCGAGGGCACGGUCGACUGCACGAACAUCGGGACGGGCGAGGUCCAGAUGCGGGACCUGGUCCUGCGCCAGGGCGAAUAUUUUGGAGAGCGCGCGCUGCUCAGGGAUCAAUUUAGAGCGGCCGACGUCCGCGCGCGCACGGCCUGCGUGCUCCUCAAAGUCGACCGAAGGCGCGUCGAGGCCCGGCUGGGGCCCGUCGCGGCGUUGCUGGAUGCGAAUUUGAGAAGGCGCGUGCUCUCGAGUGUCGAGGUCCUCGGGAAGCUUACCGAGGAGGAGCGGAGGAGGUGCGCCGACCUCUUCGCCACGAAGUCCUACGAGGCGGGCGAGGUCAUCGUGCGGCAGGGCGACGUUGGCGACGCGUUUUAUGUACUAAGGAGGGGCCGCGCGCGCGUCGAGGUCGGAUCCGAAAGGCGCGUCGUGGGCAGUUUGGAGCCGGGCAACUACUUCGGGGAGAUGGCGUUGUUGGGCGACGACGCGCGCACGGCGUCGGUCGUCGCGGAUCAUGACUGCGAGUGCGCGGUGCUCGCGCGCGCGCCCUUCGUCGAGGCCUUUGGGAGUUUGCAGCGCAUCUGCGCGCGCGCCGACGGCGACGACGGGGGUCCCCGCGCGCCGCCGUGGCCGCGCCACGAGUUAACGCCGGUGGCGACGGUGAAGGGCGCCUUCGGCGACGUAUCGAUCGUCGCGGCGCCGGACGGCGUCAAGUAUCGGCUCCACGCGGCGUGGAAGUUCGGCCGCGUCCCGCCCUCCAUCCUAGGCUUCGCGCCCUACGACGACGGCGCGCGGCUGGCCGCGCACGCGCCGGGCGGGCCGCUCCGGCGGCGCGGCCGGCUCGGGCCCGACGCGGUCGCGUUCUAUGGACGCGGCGUCCGCGAGGCCCUAUCCGUGUUGCACGCCGCGAACGUUAUCAUAAGAGCGCUCACGCCCGACGACGUCCACGUCGACGCGCGCGGCCGGCCCGUCCUCGCGGAGUUUGGCGCGGCGCGGCGCCUGGACGAGGGCGCGCGCGCCUUCACCCUGAUCGGGUUCGGGCCCUACCUCGCGCCGGAGCAGCUCCUGGGGACGGGCCACGGCCGCGGGGCGGACCUCUGGGGCCUCGGCUGCCUCGCGUACGAGCUGGCGAUUGGAUACGCGCCCUUCGCGUCGUUCGCCCGGAGCCUCGACGGCGCCUACGACGCCCGGGGGCUGCCCCCGAAGCUGCGCGCGGCCGUCGCGGCGCUCCUCGCCGUCGACGCGGCCGGGCGCGACGCGGCGUUCCCCGCGGCGCCGGUGCCGUGGACGCCUCCGCCGAAUCAUAUUGUUGCCGAGAGCGCCGAGGCGUUCUGCUGGGACGCGUGGUGA